AUGAAGACUGCUGCCGUCCUUCCUAUUCUUGCCAGCCUGGCUAGCGCCAACCCUCUCAACAUUGAGGAGCGGCAAAGCUGCCCUGGCGUCUAUGUCUUCGGAGCGCGGGAGACCACCGCACCCGCGGGCUAUGGUACAUCGCAAGGCCUUGUCAACAUGGUCGUCCAAGCAUACUCUGGCGCCCAGUCUUCAGCUAUCAGCUAUCCGGCCUGCGGCGGCCAGUCGAGCUGCGGUGGUGUUAGCUACGAUUCAUCAGCAUCUCAGGGCACUACUGCCGUUAUUUCUGCGGUAAACAGCCUGAACUCACGAUGCCCCAACACCAAGAUAGUCCUCAUUGGCUACUCCCAAGGUGGUCAGAUUAUGGAUAACGCUCUAUGCGGUGGUUCUGGUGCGACUUUGACAGGCAAUGCCCUCAAGGCUGUCAAGGCGGCCAUUUUCAUGGGUGACCCACACAACGUGGCCGGGCUUCCUUACAACGUCGGAACCUGCAAGGCUGGUGGCUUUGCUGCUCGCCCAAGUGGCUUCAAGUGCUCACCGGCGGACCCGUCUAUCAUCCAGUCGUACUGCGACUCCACGGAUCCAUACUGCUGCAACGGAAACGAUGCAAACUCACAUCAGCAGUACGUCAACAAGUACGGCCAGCAGGCCUUGUCUUUCAUCAAGAGCAAGCUGGGUUAG